UUCAAUAAAAGCCAUUUUCUCUUCCUUUUUCUUUCCAUGCAUUCAUACAUUUUGUAUUAGAUAUGUAAAUACGUAGAUGUAAUCAAUGUUACAAAAGGUUCAGUCAUCUUCUCCGUAUCCGAUUUCGAAAAUUCUUCACGAUUUUGGAUUCAAAUUCAUCUCGAAUUGUAACAUUGUAUGCCUCAAUGCCUAUAGGCUAAUUCUGAUAACGUGAUAUUUGAUUUUGAGUCCAAAAUUCGAUAAAAUGUGUCGUUGAUUCGAUCAAUUAUUUUUUGAUUUUGGUAAUGAUCCAAUGGCUGCUUCAACAAUGGCAACGGCAGCCGGAAUGGUGGUGAUUCUGUACUAUGUGAGCAGGAAAUUAUUGUCAACGAAAGUGGAUGACGAUGAUGACAACCGCGAUGAGAAUUCAAAGUCGAGUCGAUCCGUGAAGAGGAGAAUUGCGAGAAGGCCAGCUCAUGCGCCAGCUACUUGGUUAGAAACUAUUAAUACGCUUACAGAGACGCUGAGGUUUACUUAUGCUGAGACGUUGGGGAAAUGGCCUAUUGGCGACUUGGCUUUCGGAAUUAAUUAUUACAUGCGCAGGCAGGGUAAUCUACAGGUUGCAAGCGUAUAUGCAGGAGAUGAUUGUGUUCAGCUCAAGGGACCAGAUAUUAUUGCUGAUAUGAAGCAUUAUUUGUCAUUGUUAACAUGUUGUAUACUUUUCUCAAAGAAGCCCUUUCCAGUUUUUUUGGAGUCUGCUGGCUACACUCACGAAGAUGUUAUUCUCCGGGAGCCCAAAGCUGGGAUUUUAAGGCCUGCUUUCACUAUAUUAUGUGACAAAAAUUUAAAAUGCUUCCUGCUCGUGAUACGGGGGACUCAUAGCAUUAAAGAUACGCUAACUGCUGCAACAGGUGCAGUGGUCCCUUUUCAUCAUUCAGUUUUACAUGAUGGUGGUAUUAGCGAUUUGGUAUUAGGAUAUGCCCACUGUGGGAUGGUUGCUGCUGCUCGUUGGAUUGCGAAGCUCAGCUGUCCAUUUCUACUAAAGGCUCUCAAUAGCUUUCCUGAUUACCAAGUAAAGAUAGUUGGCCAUUCACUUGGUGGUGGUACUGCUUCUCUGUUGACCUACAUUCUUCGAGAACAGAAAGAGUUUUCGUCAACCACUUGCAUCACAUUUGCACCAGCUGCUUGUAUGACAUGGGAACUAGCGGAAUCAGGGAAGCAUUUUAUUACUACCAUUAUUAAUGGUUCUGAUCUUGUUCCAACUUUCUCAACGGCUUCAAUAGAUGAUCUUCGUUCAGAGAUUAUUUAUUUAGAAUCCUAUCAUCAGGUCACAGCAUCGUCUUGGUAUAAUGAUCUGUUAGAUCAAGUUGAGCAUACAAGAGUUCUGAAUGUUUUUUACCGCUCUGCAACUGCUUUGGGAUCUCGACUCCCAACAAUGGCUAGUGCAAGAGAGAGGGUUGCUAGUGCAAGUGCCCUUCUUCGUCCUGUUUCUAACAGUACACAGGGUGUGAUGAGGCGUGCCCAGAAUGUUGCUGAGGCUGUCGUUAGAUCCCGCUCAACCCUGGCAUCAUGGUCAUGUAUGGGAGCUCGUCGACGUACUGUUGCCUCUUUGCCAAGCCCUAAAGAAGAGGAUUCGCCUGAAACGUCACUUCUAGGUGAGAGAUCAAGUUCUCGGUCACUGCAUCCUUUUAAGAGUGAGACUGCAAAUAGAGUUCCAGAUGCAAACCGUGUCAAAGGAAGUACUUCUAGGGGGGUAUUAGGACAUGAUGAGACGGAUGAAGAAGAAGAGGUCCUCACAGAUACCAGAGUCAGUAGUAGUGCUUCCAACAUGGGGGACAUGAGCGAAGGUGAAUUUUUGUAUGAACUGGAGAUGGAACUCCAGAGGGGAGAUAAUGGAGCUGAACAGAAAGUGCAGCAGAAAGCAGGAAUCACAAAGGAAGAAAUAGAACUAGCUGUCGAAACUGAUACUAAACCAAUCACAUCUACUUCUGAUGUUGUCGAGAACCUCCACUUGUAUCCUCCUGGAAGAAUUAUGCAUAUAAUUACUGUAGUCACCUCUGAGGCAAGUGAUUCAGGUCAGGAUCAUAUAACUGAGGAGCAUGAACAUAAACAUGUUAGUAUCUACGAGACAAAUAGGGAAUUGUAUAGUAAGCUAAGAUUGUCAAAAACUAUGGUUAAUGAUCACUAUAUGCCCAUGUAUAAGAAGAUGAUAGAAUUGUUAAUCAAAGAACUGGAAAAAUGAUGAGGACUGUAUUUGUUCAUUGAAAAGUAUAUGAUACAUGUCCUAUUCGAGUA